AUGCCGUCUAUAAAAAAAUCGGAUAUAACUGUUGUAAGGUGCUAUAUGCAAGAUGAUAUGCGAAAAUAUGCGGUAAAAGUUCUCCAAAAAGCAAUGAAUCGUUUUACAGAAGAGCGUGAAGUUGCAUCAUAUAUUAAAUUCCGUUUUGAUUCUCGUCAUCAUGCCAAUUGGCAUUGUAUUGUUGGAAAACAUUUUGAUUGUUCUGUAGCGUUUGAAUCGUCUCGGUGUAUUCUUUUACGUGUUGAAGAUACACUAGUUUUAUUAUUUAAAUAUGGGUAA